CGCCGGCCCGUCCCGUCUCCCUGUCCCGGGCCGGGCAGCGGCGAGGGGAGCGCGGGAGGGAGCCAUGUCUCACGGGGCGCGAGUGAUCCGAACCGGCGUGAGCAGCGCGGGGCCCGCUGCCCCGCCGGCCUCCACCGCCGCCUCCUCCUCAGCGGGCUCGGACGCGGAGCUCAUGGACGGCGCCUAUUUCCGCUCCUGCGCCGGCAUACUGAAGGUGGCCCAGAUGAUCUCACUGGUGGUUGGAUUUAUCAGUGUGAAUAACUCUCCAUGGACAGACUACAGUGUAUACAGCUACUUUCAGAUUGUGACCAUGUGCGACUUGGUUAUGAUUUUGUUCUUCUACAUUAUCCACAUCUUCAGAAUCUACAGGAAGCUCACUUGCGUUAGCUGGCCGCUUGCGGAGUUUCUUCAUUAUCUAAUUGGUACAAUUCUGCUUCUCAUUGCAUCGAUUGUAGCAGCAUCCAAGAGUUACAAUUUGACUGGACUUGUGGCUGGAGCGACUUUUGGGUUCCUAGCUACCAUCCUUUGUGUUUUAAGCAUAUGGUCAUCCUACAAGGUUUCGUGCAUCACGCAGUCAACCAAUGCAUCUGUAUGACUCCUUCAUCUCUGCAAGACGUCUGCCUUAUGAAACAGGAUACCAAAGAGGAGCGGCCACUACUGAGGAAAGAGCAUGGGUAUUUUGUUACUAGCUUGGACAGCCAGUAGCUUUUGAAGACCUACCUGAAUGCCUAUGCAAAAGAAUAUUGUGAACCAAAGUCAUUUUGCUCCCCACGCUUCACCCCCCCUCAAAGAAGUUUAUAAUGGAAAAACCUGCUUUUUAUGAGCUUUACAGAGAAAGACAAUUUCUGUCUCAUAAGCUGGACUGUGGUCACUUCCAGCUAUUUGCAAUAAGUAAGUGCAUUUAAAACUCAUCUGGAGAGUCAUUUGGUUCUCCUUUCAGAGCGAUGGAAAAAAUGCUUCUGAUUUCCUCCAUCUGUUUAGAGAAGGGAAAUCCUGCAAAUUCCUACCUGAUUCUUAACUUCCAAGGAUGAUUUGUUCAACAAAGGAACUGUUACAAACUGAUGUGUGCCUGGAUAAGCUGACCCAAGUCUUUGUUACCUCUUUCUAUGAGAACUGUAGACUUUUUCUAACAUCAGCCGGCAUCAGAAAUUGCAAACUGCAACUUGAAUACAUCAUUGCCAACAACCCCUUCUAGCCCCAACAGGACAUGAUGAAAUCAGGUUUUUUCUCCAUGAAUUUUUACAGGUUAUUAACUAUCAAAGAUUAUUCUUAAAAGCUUCCCCCUGCAAAAUGCAGGAAAAUACAUGCCCAGGAAUGUGUGUUUAAUGUUUUGUGGGAUCUUUUUUAUUUUCCCUUUUCAGAAAUACUCAUUUGUAUUUGUAUUUGAAAGACCUGUUCUGUAGAAGAUUUCUGUGCAUCUCCUACAAAUUAUUCUCUUUGGAGUCUACCAGUGUUUAUGGAAAGCCCAUUGUGAAUGGAGCAAUAUGCUGCUUUCUCUCUCUUACAUGUGGUUUGUCCCUUCCUCUGCCUCUGCUGAGAUCUGUGCUUUUGGAGACUCUGCCCAGAGCCUGCACAGGCAGAGCAGUUUUGUCCAACCUGGUAUUGUCUUGAAGUUCUAUGUAACUUCAAGGCUGAGACAAUGUCUUCUUGGUACCUUUGUCUUUCUCUCCUUCUGCAGUCCAUCAUCUCUGGUGAGCUGGAAAUUCUUUGUAGGAAAAGGCCCCUCCUCCUUUGUGUUUUGCCUUUCAUGUCUAGCUGUGAAGUAGAACUUGUACUUACAAGUAGGUCUCUUCUGUCAGGGCCACUGCAUGACGGUGCAGCAGGUUUCUGCAGAAAGCAGGAUUCGUACAGUUUACCAGGUCCAGUCUGGAGGAAAAAAGCAUUUUCUGUCCUACUCUGCAUUUUCCUAUUUGUCUGACAUUCUGUGUAAUUUAAUGGUCCUCUCAGAAAAUGCUUUUUGUGCCUCAUUGCUGUUUGUUGUCACCUGAUUUUUUUUCUCUCAUCCUUAUAUAUAUAUCUUUACUUUUAUUUUUUUUCUUUACUCUUUGACAAAAAACCUCAAAACUGGCCAACUGCUAAGGUGUCAAAAAAAUUGAGUAAGUAACUCAGUAGCGACUGAGCAGAUAACCUAGAAGGGUAGAGAUCCCCCUCUUCACAGUGCAUAGUUGCUGUGAUUCUUCCCGCUGUUCCUUUUCAUAAGUGCUCUUUUUACAGCAACACAGAGCAGGAAACAAUUUGAAAGUGCAAAAGUCUGCUGUUUGUGGAUGAAGACACAUAUAUUCACUCAAAGAUAAACUGCUUUGACAUUAACAUAGAGGAUUACUCAAAUAAAACCAUGUAACAGGCACUUUUUAUGUUAUUAAUUUCAUAUUGACUAUUUUUGAUUUCUUUUAAAUGUCCAACUUUGGUCUGUUUCUCUGCCCCAUCCCUUCAGAUGACAUAUUUUGUGUUUGAUCAGAAGUGAAUUGCUUUUUUCUUUUUAUUGACCUGAAUUGAGCAUGCCUCAAAAGUGUUCUGGCUUAAGAGAAGAGACAUCCUUUUCAGCUAGUGAUCCACUGUCAGCAGUCAGUGACAGCUCAGGCUUCCUUGCCCUGCCAGCACAGGACUGGUCCAAAGGAUGUACAUGACAAAGGACUUCAUUCUGGGUACUUUGAGUGACAAUACCUGCAGAAGAAGGUGUACACCCAUAUAUAGCUAUAUGUAUUUUUUUGCAACAGGGGUGCUUGAGCACCAGUUCUCCUGCCAAGACUGACUUAACUACAGUUUUUGGAAACCAGUGCUCUGACUUUAAUUUGGACUGACAUGGUAGAUAUUUAAGGAUACAACCUCCUCUGUUUCCCCAGAGGAAAGUGCUCUAUUUCUCCUUCACCUCCUGAGAUAUCACCUCAGAUAGAUAGUAGGCAUCUUCCUACAAGCUUUAACCCCUCUUGGCAAUCCUUGGGAAACCAGUGUUCUCCUGCACACGGUGUGAAUGUGUCUGAGACCUCAGCGCUGCUGUGACAGUGUGGAGAAGCACCUGCUAAGGAUUGGGGCUGGAGCCUGAGCUUGCUCUGAAGAAAAGGCUGGAAUCGUGCCCCCUCUCCUGGCACUACACUAGCAUCUCUUUUUCAGCCUCCCACAACACUCUGGUGCUUGUCACCAUGUGGGGAAAAAAAAAUUAGGGGGAAUUUCAUGCAGUCUGACAACCAAAGAAUCUUUGAACAGUGCUCUGUGAUCGUCCAAAGAAUAUGUUUUGCUGCAAGUGCACUUGUUUAUACUGGAUCAAGAUAAGUAAGUACAAGUUCCCUUUUGGGUUUUGUGCCUAUUGAUAGGCCUAAGGUAUGCCUGCAGCUUUUGCUGUUAUGACAGACAGGGCUGGGUCCAUAGACCUGCCAGAUGCUCUUAAUGCAGAAUGCUUUCAGGCUGGAAAACCGACAUCUCUGCUGCCAAAGCUUCCUCGCUUCCUGCAAAGCCUCCUUGUGAAACAUGCCUACCAAGAAAAGCACAGGUUUUGCUGGUAUCACCAGCUCUGCCGGGGGUCCUUGAAUGACAGCUCCAUCUGGCAGGGACUUUGGCACCCCACUACUGUAGCUCUGCCAGCAAAAGUGUUUUAAGUCUCCUUCGGUGUCAAUCUUUUUCUGAAAGCUCCGUCUGUCUGCAGCUUUGUCAAAUACGGGAUUCCAGCUGUUUUAGAAAUAAACUAUGUUCGCAAUUGGGAUGGUGUAACAGCUUUGAGAAUCA